UGUCCUAAAAAGUGUCGGCCGUACCUUCACAUUUUGAUAACACAACUCCGAACAUGCGAUGAACUGUGCACAUUCGAUGGAAUUUUGUGUUGAAUGUUUUGAUUUCUAACCUGGAGUAUUGAUCUAUAAAAUAAAGAAAGAUCUAUUCAGAACGAUGAAUUCUUGUACCCAGUAACCCACACAAAGGUACACAUUUUUUGGAUGUUUCUCCAAUGACAGAAUUGGUCAUUUCGUUUGGUCAUCAAUCAGUACUCUGACAAUUAUCAAGAUUGAUAACUCUUGAAAAAAAAAAUUUACACCGUCAUGGGCAAACAACUCGUCUUCGUCUUGGGGUUCAUAUUGGCCCUGACGUCACCGGUGACGUCACAGAACCUGGAGGUGGAGUACAGCAUCCCCGAGGAGCGGCCCCAGAUGUACAUCGGCAACCUGCUGACCGACCUGGGCCGGGCUGUCCAGACACGCAACCUCCAGGAUCUGAGGUUCAACUUCAUGACGGCGGGGAACCCCCACGCCGCUUACCUGUGGCUCAACGCGACCAACGGGGACUUGAAAACUGCGUCCAGAAUCGACCGUGAGAGCGUGUGCCGCAACAUGAUCACGUGCGAGCUGCGCGUGCAGACGACCGUGCAGGAUGACCGGGGGACGUUCCUCAUCAUCGUGCUGGUCAAGGUCACCAUCACCGACAUCAACGACAACCCGCCCGUGUUCAACCCGUCAACCCAGACCCUGAAGAUCGCAGAGGACGCCCUGCCCGGGUACACCCAGAGCAUCCCUACGGCCACCGAUCUCGACAUGGGCCCUGGCAACUCUAUCGUCUCCUACACCCAAGUCGUGGGCUCCGCCCCUUUUACUCUAGUCGUCAACGGCAACUCUGCUUCGUCGUUCGAUCUCAAGCUUCGUCUGGACGAGCCCUUAGACCGGGAAACCGUCCCGUUCUACAAAGUCCUGAUCCAAGCUAUCGACGGCGGGACCCCUCGUCAAACCGGGACCUUGACCGUUAACAUCGACAUCGAUGACGUCAACGACAACGCCCCGGUGUUUGAGUUCGGGAAAUAUUCUUUCAAUGUGUCGGAGAGUUUGGGCGUCAACUCUGCCGUGGGGACGGUCCGGGCGACGGAUAAGGAUGUGGGACUGAACGGAGCCGUGAGGUAUACAGUGGACUCCUCGCAGACGGACCUGGAGGUGUUUCUGAUGUUUAGCAUGAAUCCGGAGAGUGGGGAGAUUCGAACCCUGCUGCCUCUGGAUAGCUACGCUGGGAGAACCUACAGACUGACCGUUAUAGCCCAGGACUCGGACAUCUCGCCCAAGAAGGACCGGACAGAGGUGGACAUUAGUGUCCUAGACACACAGAACAGCGAGCCGAAAAUUGUCCUCAAUGUCAUCGGUGGUUCUGGUUCAGGCACAGCCUACGUCUCAGAGGUUGUGGAGGUGGGGCGGGUGGUCGCCAUCUUGUCCGUCUCUGACCCAGAUUCCAACAUGACGGCCAACGGCCAGGUCACGUGUGCUCUAAACAGCCACCAGUUCCAGCUGCAGGCCAUGGACGUCAACCAGUACAAGGUCAUGCUGACCCGGAGACUGGACCGAGAGAACGUGGCCUAUCAUAAUAUAACAGUCGACUGCGCCGACGCUGGUACUCCGUCCCUCCACACGUCUGCGAAUUUCAAGGUCGAGGUCAUGGACGAUAACGACAACGCCCCCGUGUUCGAGUCCGCUUUCUACACAGCGGAAGUGACGGAGGGGUCCACGGAUGUAGAGAGAAGCCUUAUCCAAGUUCACGCCAUAGAUUUGGACGCCGGGGUCAACGCCCAGCUGAGCUACGAAGUUCAAGGUGACUCGGACUUUGGUGUCAACAGCGAGGGGUUCAUCUUCGUGGCCAACCCUAACGGGGUGGACAGGGAGGACAGGGUCAGGGGCGCCAAGCGGGAGCUGACCGUGGUGGCCGUGGACCACGGCACCCCGCCCCUCUCCGGGAGCACGACCGUGGUGCUCACCAUCCGGGACGUCAACGACAACCCGCCCGUCUUCUCGCAGACGGCGUACAGUCUGGAAGUGCCGGAGAACUCCGCGUACGAUCUGUCCAUCGGCAGGGUGUCGGCCACCGACGCCGACCGCGACACCAACGCCAUCUUUUAUUUCAAGAUGGCGCCCGGGUUCUCCAGCAAGGUGCCUUUUGAAAUCGGCCUUGACGGGAGUGUUCGGGUCGCCGGUGACCUUGACAGAGAGCGGACACCUAGUUAUAGUUUCAAGGUCAUCGCUUAUGACCUUGGUGAACCUGUAUCGCUGUCCUCCACGGUGAACGUCUCAGUUAAAAUCAAAGACGUGAACGACAACAGCCCAGUUUUUACGUUCCCUAAAGACGACAACAUCACCCUCUCAGUCCCACACACUCUGGGUUCGAAUACCGCCUUCGCCAAAGUCGAUGCCAGUGACGCCGACGAAGGUAAGAACGGCGCGUUGGAGUUCACGGCCGAAAGCGGAAACGGGACUCGGUUCUUCGACAUCGUCUCCGGCUCCGGUCAAGUCGUGUUAAUCCGACCUUUGUCCGUCAACGAAAUCGGGCUCCACGUCAUCAAUAUCGUUGCUCACGAUUUAGGCUACCCCUCCGAAAUGUCCACGCAAGCCGUGCUCCACAUUUUAGUCUACGAAGGCAACGCCACUGUAUCCGCGCAAGACAAUGGACUCGGUUUCAGGAACAUUGUUGUCGUGGCGAUCCUGGUCGUGGUGACGGUGGUUCUGUCCCUCAUCAUCAUGCUGACCAUCAUCCUCAUCAGAAGAGUGGACAAACAGCGGCGGCUCUACCACGCCAAAGUCGAAGAAACGAAAGUGGAGGCGAAUCUCAAAGACAUGUUCCAGUGCCCCACUGAGGAGACGGAAAUCCCUAGCGGCGCGCCUGACCUGACUGGGGAUAUUAAAGACGGCGGCAAGAAGAAAAAGGAAGUGAGUUUCUCUUUGGAUGAGGACAACAACAUCAACCACCCACCAACGUUGACGACAUUCAGCCCCGCCCCCACAGACAAGUAUGACCUGAUCCCAGAGAAAGACAGAGGAAACAUCAAAUGUGACCCGUUGUCUAGCAACCAUUACCAGGCCGACAGACAGGCCAAGGCCGUCUCAAAGAAGGACAUCAGCAACUUCAACUUCCAUCAGGUGCACCCGACUGUCGGCACCACCUUCAAAAACCGACAGAACAACAUGUCAGCUCACAAUCACGAUGACAACCUGAGUGACGUCAGUGCUGAUGUCAGUACCAGUGACAGUGGCAGGGGCGGAAGUGACGUGGAGCUACAGAGUGGGACGUCUAAAGAUUCAGGUGACCUGUCCUUCACCAACCAAAGGUGUCUCAGCCCCCACAACAACCUCAACACACCUGUCGGCUACGGGGCAAGCGCCGGCUGCGGAUUAAAAAACUCGAGCUCCGCGCAGUUCCAGAACAUUCACCCGGACCCAAAGCCCGGCCCCACAUUCCAGUCACACAAGGCUCACCUCGGGGCGGGGGGCCGUGCACCCCUGGGCUCGCGCCCGUCCCACCCCGCGGGAUCGUCCUACCCCCACGCGGCUCAACAGUACAACCCAAACAUUUUCUCUGACAAAAGCGGAAGCUACCUGAAACUAACCAACGAAGCCAACGGUCGUCCAAACCUCCCAACCAAUGGGAGCAGCCGUCUCAUGAUUUCAGCCAAUCGUAGCGGGGAGUACAUGGACAUGUCGGGUAUGCGACCCUACAUGGCGCCGAGGCCAGGGUCAGAUAACUCUUGCAUGGACUCUACCAACAACUGGGAUGCGGACACGACCACUUCCGGUAGCUACACGGUCGACCCACAAGAGCUGUGUGAAGAGAUCGAUAAAUUAUUUUUCGAACAAAUCAAAGACGUUGUAGUGUGAACAAAAAUCGAUAAUAUAUAUAUAUUUUUUUAAACAAUUCAACGAUGUCGUAACAAAGAUGUUGAUAUGUUGUUUUCAAACAAUAACAUUGUGUGUCACGUGACCGGGCACCUCAAAGGUCAACUCCAGUGAGUUUGGACACAGCCGUGUGUCACGAGCUGUUGUGAACUCGAUGUGUUAGCUGACGCCCACUAGUACACGGCUCACUAGUUGCGUCAUCAGAGCGAAUCCACAACGAAAGAUAAAAUAAUUCGUAUACCAGAGAAUAACAUAACACAACCAGGACGAAAUAAUUUUCAAAAUGUUGACAAUGGAAACUCACCUAAUCAUGUUUUGAAUUUUGUCUUCGUGACAAAUACUGGCAAGUAUAAAUUCAAUUUAGUUGUACAAUUUAUGCAGUUUAAAAUCGAGAGAACCAUUCGAAGUUUGGUUCGUUUAUACUUGCACAAGAACUGCGCCCAUUCUGGUGUGUGGUUUGUAUAGUAUACAUUCAACAUUGUAUUGUAUACUUUCAACCUUCUAUUGUAUACUUUCAUCCGUGCGAUGGUCGAGCUAAUAUUCGUUACUUUACUACCAGUUUUAUACUGCUGGCAACUACUGAACAACGCAAGUCAUUAACCUUGACAUUGAUGGUGUUACGGUCACAACCUCCAUGAACAACCCAUCUCCAAGUCUACCAAACCACAGAUAGAAAAAAGAAAUCAUAAAAUUCUUUACGAAAUGGCCAAUCCCGUACAUAACUUAGGCCUACAUGAUUACAUCUGUCAUUAUUUUGACAAUGUAUUCUACUGUCUACAAAUGUAGGACUUUACAAUCAGAUAAUAUGAGUUAAACAAUCAAGCCGUUAUAUUGGGGUAUAACGGUUUAGGUCAAAAGAAUUAUUUUUUAUAACCUCCCCCACCUUUCUAAGUAUUACAAAACGAAAUCUUGUGUUACUGUUAAGGUAUUACGAUUGUAUAUAAUCACAUGGUCACCGUGUAAAUAUGUAUCAUACACUUUACCGAAGUAAAAAUGAAAAUGUCAGUGAAAUGCCAAUGAUAGUAUGUAUGUAAUUGUAAGUAUAGCAUAGUUUAUCUGCUGUUAUGAAUGGGAAUGUAUGUAUGUAAAUAUUGAGAAAAAUUUGUGUAACUGUAUAAUCCUUGCUGGAUAGGAGCGUGGCUGUAUAAUUCAUUGGAUAAUGCGUAUAAAUUAACAAUCCAUUGAAUUCUGAGUUGUCUCAU